AGCUGGGAUUCAGCAUGGGACCAGAAAAUGGAACAGCAGUUACUGAGUUCAUCCUAGAGGGUUUCCCAGAGCUUGAUGCAAGACUGCAGCUAUUUUUCUCUGGGGUCCUUCUGCUCAUGUACCUGACAACAGUGAUGGCGAAUGCAACCAUCAUUUUCCUUGUGUGUGUGCAUCACCACCUGCAAACGCCCAUGUACUUUUUCAUCAGCAACCUGGCCUUCCUGGAGAUCUGGUUUACAUCCUCCACAAGCAUCAAACUGUUUGUGAUGCUGAGUUGUGGCCAGAACAGUCUCUCACUAAGCAGCUGCUUUGCCCAGAACUAUUUCUAUUUUGCUCUGGGCUGCACAGAGUUUGUCCUGCUGGUUGUCAUGGCCUUUGACCGCUAUGCUGCCAUCUGCCACCCUUUGCUCUACACUGCCAUCAUGAAGCCUCAGCUCUGUGUCCGCCUGGUUGUUGCUGCUUGGGUCCUGGGCUUUGCCCUGCUGAGCUACCGGCUGCUCUUCCUCUCUGAGCUGUCUUUCUGUGGCUCCAAGAUCCCCCAUUUCCUUUGUGACAACUCCCCCUUGUUCAAACUGUCCGUCUCUGAUACCAGCCUGCUUUGGAAAACAGACUCUGUCUUCUUAUCGUGUGUUGUGCUGGGUUCCUUAUGUCUGACUCUGACAUUUUACAUUUGCAUCCUUUCCUGUGUUCUGCAUCUUCCAGCAGCCUCUGGGAGGAGGAAAGCUUUGACUACGUGUUCUUCCCAUCUCAUCACCUUAUCCAUUGCCUAUGGGAGCUGCAUUGCUCUCUACACGUGUCCUGCAGAAGAUGUUUCCUUGAGGACCAACAAAAUUGUAGCUCUGCUGAACACAGUCCUGUACCCAUUCCUAAAUCCAUUCAUCUACAGCCUUCGGAACAAAUCUGUGAUCCUGGCCCUGAACAAAACCAUUGCCAGGACAAGAACAAAGCUUUUCCCCUAACCAUGGUGCAUUUCUGGAAAGCCAUCCCAAGAAUCUGGGAUCAUGUGUUACCCAAUACCAGUACCUGUGUGUGCAGCCUCCAAACACGGCUGCCUCAGGAGACUGAUGCUCCUGCAGGGCUGUGUCAGGUUAAGAGGUAAGAGACUCAUCUGCACACCCAGGCAGGGCAGCAACAAUGGCAGGAGGAGAAACUCAGUUCAUUCUCUGCCCUGGCUGCUCCCGGGCCCAUCUCUGGAGAAGCACCAGCUCAUUAAGAGCCCAUCUCCAAAAGAAAGAAGAGCUCAGAGGAACAGUGGCAAGUGACAAUCCAAAUUACAGCUCCUGAGCAAUGGACCCCUUGUCCCAGCUCCUUUCCUGGGACAGCCACCAGCCCUGGUGCCCAGUUUGAAACCCCAAAGUCACAGAGAGCAGGUCACCAUUUGGACUAAGGGGAUUGUUGCCCUGGUGUGUAGGACAGAUUAUGGGAUGGAGGGGAAGAGCAGUUUUGGAUAGCACAGGACUUGUGGGAAGGCAAGGACUCAGCCAGAGCAGUCUGCCCUGUGUUCUCAUUUACCUUAGAUUCUGCCUCCUGUGUGAGCAAAUCUCUGUUCUGCCUGAGCACAGGAGCCUGGGGGUGUGAGGGCAGCAGCUGGAGGAGGGCACAAACAGCCCAUCUGCCAAUGGUGCCGGCCACAGAGUGACCAGAGGGACUGGACUGAAGGGUUUGGGGUGUGGGGGUGUCUGGUCUGCACCAGCACCUCACUGGGGCUGUGGCCUCGGGGCUCAGCUGUGCAAAUGCCUCAGCUGGUGAGACUGGAAUCCAGGGGAAGCUGCUGAGCAGAGGAGUGUCUGAGCACAGCUGCUGCAGGGAUCCGUGUACAGGGAUGGACAUGGAAUGGGACAGACUGGACCAGGAUAGGCCAUUGGGAAUGAUCUGCGGUUCAGAGCAGAAUGAUGGUCUGGUCCAUCUGCCCGAGCCCUCCAGGGCUGACCAAAAGUUAAAGCAGUCAUUAAGGGCACUGCCCAAAUGUCUCUUCAACACUGACAGGCUUGGGGCAUCAACCACCUCUCCAGGGAGCCUGUUCAGUGUUUGACCACCCUGUCAGGAAAGAAACACUUUCUCCUGUGCAGUGCAAACCAUCCCUGGUACAGCUUUGAACCAUUCUCACACGUUCCAUCACAGGAUAUCAGGGAGAGGAGAAAGGGAAAUGCAGGGCAGAGCCAGGGGGGCAGUAAGAUGGGAGUGUGCAGCCUGCAGGGACACAGGGACAGCUGUGGGACAGCUCAGGAGAAGCUGUGCUGGGCAUGGCCAAGGGCCCUGGCAGGGCUGGCAGUGCCCAGGAGAAGCCAAGUCUUGGUGCCCUGGGGCACAGCAGGGUCUGUGCCACCAAGGGCUGUGAGGGGACACCUUGUCCUGAGGCCGUGGGGCCUCCUGGCACAGCCCCAGCAAGGCUGGGCACUGUCACCCCCUUGUCCUGCCCUCAGCAUCGUCCCUCCUCUCAGGACCUGAGGUUGAAGGGCUCAGCAAUAAACGCACCACGGGGCUCAGUGGGAUCAAGCAAGUCCUGACAAACCAUGGCUGUGCCUUGAUUUCCCUCUGGUCUGGUGCAGUUCAUAAGAAAGGUUUUCUGCUACAGUUAUGGAGAAAGAGUUCAAAGACCUUCUAAGAAAUACACAGUCCUGUUUUAAAGGGUGUCUUUUAUUACUCUUAUCUUUAUAGCAGAGGUGAUUGCAGUGUUCCGUGAUUGACACUGAUCCAGGGUCUCCUCAGGAGGCCUGGCCUGCUCAGAGAAGCUGUGCCUUGAGGGCUGAGCCAGUGUGGACAACCUUGCUGCACAUUGCCCAAGCCCAUCCUGUGUGUCCUCCCUCACCUGGGACCUGCUUUGCUUGGAGAGCUGCCUGCACUCAGAAAUAAAAGGGUUUUUUUGUUUUUUGAAGUAAUGUAAAACUCCUAAUUUUCCCCAGUGCAAACAGACCCACUCCUCAAGUGUGUGCCAGCCCAAGGUGCCACCAAAACCCCUCCAGCCCUGCCCUGGGCCAGCUGUGAGGGUGGGUCAUCAUCCCAACCUGCACUGGGCCCUGCAAGGGGCUGUGCCCACUGUGAAAUACAAAGUUCAGUUUCGUGUCAGGGAAAUGAAGAAAAUCUUUGUAAUUGUAGUUGUGGAACACGGCCAUGGGACAGUUAUAAAGAUGAGUUCUAAUAAACAACCGAGGAAAGGAUGGAAGGAAGUUUUUGAAUAAAACUUUUGCUUACAAUUACCUAUUAUAAAUCUCAAGCUAUUCUGUAAUAAGUGUCUUUUAAUUAUAACUUUAGAAGCUUGUUUUGUAUUAAAGAAUUUUAAUCUGUAGGUUUAGAAUGUAAAAAGGCUUUCCCACAGAUUGGUAAAAAAACAUCCUGGAUACGGAAGAAAGAUUUCAGCUCGCUGAUUUUGUUUCUUGAAAAAGGAAACUGAACAUCACUAUCAAAGACUGAUAGACCUGGAAAAAAGAAGCUGGACCCCACAUCUGGAAGCUGGACCCCACCACCUGGGAUACAUAUCCUGGAUGUACAUCCUGGAAUAUUGAAAUCUAAAAUGGACCACAAUAGAUAUUAAAUAAUGACAGUAAAUAUUGAAAUGGAAACUGCUGAGAAAGCUUAUGAAUAUGUAUGAAUAUAGCAAAUAAAAUCCCAGCAAGUCCAGCAAUCGGUGUGCAGUCAGAAGGGAAAAUCCUUCCACUGUACCCAGCGCGCUGUCUUUGCUCACACUUUACCAUGCUAAUUAACUCAUUAAAUUGAAUUGCUGCUUGAAAUAUGGGCUGUGUCAAGCGUCUCAUUUCUUACAGCCUCUAUUGGGCUGACCCUGUCUGGACACCCUGCUCCUCACCCCAUCCUCACCAUGUCUGACAUCGCCCACCUGGGACUGACAUCCCAAAACAUUAAAAAAAAAUAAAAAACCCCACAACAUUUUCUUUAUGAAAAGAAUUUAAAUACUUAUUAAAAAUUAUAAUUACAUUUAUGUAAUGUAUAAUCAUAUUCUUCUAUUUUUUGUUAUGAAUGCAUAUUAUAUGAUUGGCUUUUCACAGGUAUUAAAGUGAAUAUCCCAUGUGUAAUGUUGGGAAGUUAUCCUGUAUUCAUAUAAUUUCUUUCAGUUAUAUGGUAAUUGUUGUUUUUAGGUUAUAGCAUAAUAGUAAAAUAGAAACUAUGUUCUGUAAAGGUGCUUUUGUAAUUAGCUCGAGGAAUAGAGAAGAUAACCAAAGAAGUUUUUUCACAGUGUCAUAACUGGAGAAGAGAUUGCUCCAAAAAGGCUCUGAGAAAAAAUUUAUGGCAUAACCCUUCGACAGUAUGGAGCCAUGAGAAGGACAGAUUUAUAGAUGGAAGGGAGAAGGGGGGAGUUCAGAUUAAACAGAAACACCUAAAAUUUGAAAGGAAUGUUUGAAUUAUGUAUGUAAUGUGUGAAUUUUCAAUGCACCACUGUUUUUAAGGGAUGACUCUUUUGUUAAGAGGUGUACCUCAUGGUGAAUUCCAUGUCAAGGUACCCAGGCUCCUGUAAAAGACUUCUGUUCUUAUAGUCUCCUGAUUGUCUAUUUGUAUUUUUUAUUAAACUUUUAAAUUUUACCAAGUGAAACUUGUUUUUCACAAUUUAUUACCUAAUAUUUAUAUUUAGAAUAAAAUCUGUAUAUUUUUAGCACUGAAAAGGCACUUGUUAUAUGUAACACAAUUCCCUCCACUAAUUACUU